GUAAGCAGCGCGUCGGAGGGUAAGCGUGGGAGCGUAAGAGUAAGAAAUGAGGCCCAAAUCAUGCUAUGCUACGGGGAUAUCAUGACCUUUGCGGAAAGCAAGGCAAGCUGGGUCACAAGCAAAAAUCUGUAUAUAUAACCCGCGGGUCGUGGGCUUUUCAGACGAGGCGGAAAAAGGCAGCAAGACAGAUAUCAAAUCCCAAAAUAUAAUCAUUCGAUAGCCCGAAGCUUAGAAUAUAGCAAAGCCCCAAUUAUACACCCAUUACUACCACACUCUUCCACACACCACCACCAAUCAUGGCUGCCCCCGCCGAGAAGACCGUCCAAGACCUCAACGGCAAAUGGACCAUUAACAGCUCCCUCUCUGGCUCUUCUGAUGCCAUUCUCAAGAUGCAGGGCGUCAACUGGUUGACCCGCAAGGUCAUCGGCAUGGCCACCAUCACCAUGAACAUCAAGCAGAGCAUCGACGAGGAUACCAAGGACAUGAAGCUCAACAUUGAGAACCAGCCCAGCGGUGGUAUGCCUGCUUCCCAGGAGAACCGCGUCCUCAACUGGACUCCCGUGGAGCUCAACCACCCCUUGUUCGGUAACAUCCGCGGCAAGUCGCGCCAGAUCAAGCUUGCCGAUCUCGACGACGCGUACCUCAAGUCAGGCUGGGAGGAGGGUACUGAGGAUCUCCUCCAGUUCUACACUGAGCACCUUGACAAGGCUGGCGUUGUUACCCAGCAGAUUGUCGGUUUCAUGAUUGUCGAUGGCGUCAGACGCCAGGCCAGACAGGUCCUCGUCACUAGCGGCGACGACAGACUUGAGAUCAGACUUGUCUACGACUACCUUGGCUCCGAGUAAAUUUUUCUAAAAGAAGAACAAGACAGAUUCGUUGCAUGAAAAUAGCGAGCGCCUUGUUUGUAUAAUUCUUUUUUUUUUACUUCAUAUUUUUUUAUAUUUAGAUUUCGUUGGAAAUACUCAUUUGAUGAAUUAGCAUGAUACUACAUACACCAUACCCAAAAUACAAUGUCCUCGUU